AGAUCCUUAUGUUAAAAUUCAUCUGAUGCAAAAUGGCAAGAGGCUAAAGAAAAAGAAAACUACGAUUAAGAAGAACACUCUGAACCCGUACUAUAAUGAAUCCUUCAGCUUCGAAGUUCCAUUUGAACAAAUCCAGAAAGUACAAGUUGUGGUGACUGUUUUGGAUUACGACAAGAUUGGCAAGAAUGACGCUAUUGGAAAAGUCUUUGUUGGCCUCAACAGCACUGGUGCUGAGCUCCGGCACUGGUCAGAUAUGCUGGCUAAUCCAAGGCGGCCAAUUGCACAAUGGCACACUUUACAGCCUGAAGAGGAAGUUGAUGCUAUGCUGGGUGUCAAAAAGUAAAAAAGAAAGCCUUUCGCCACUUGUCCAAGUAAUGCUUUUUAGCCAGUACCUGUAAAUACCUCAGUAAUAUAUCAGUCCUCUCAUUUCUGACAAUGUAAUCCAAACUCCAAACAGUGCUGUUAUUCAAUACCGUGCUCUCUUUAUUUGUACAUUUCUAGAUGUAGUCCAUCCUGGGGUACUUCUAUCUUUACACCACUUUCUGAACCUUUCCUUCUUUUAAGCAAUAUGAUCUAUGUAGAUAGAGCAUGACUGAAAUUAUUUAUUGUAUCUGAAAACUGUACAUACUAGUAUGCUGAAAAAUGAUUUAUAGUCUGUGUUUGUAUGUUGUUACUGUUUCCUAAUCUGUGUAUCUCUAGUUGUUUUUAAUAAGAUGCUCUAUUUUAAACUAUGUAAACUGACUGAGAUUUAGAAAAGCUGAUGAUAUAUAUAGUCUAAGUCAAUUAUUAUAUUUGCUGCAUUCCAGUAAAAAAAUACACGCAAGACACUAGCACAGGUACACUAUAAAGGACAAUUUAAAUCUCACGUUUAUCUAAUAUAUAUCUAUACCAAAAUAUAGUUUUGAUCAAUUUUGAAGUAUGAAUUUUUAUGAACUGCAUUUAUUAAGUAGAACAGAAUAAACUAGCUAUUUAUAUUGAUUUCAAAUUUGCAGUAGUCACAUAGCCAGCCAUGCUGCUUUGUGUAUUAAUAAAAGAUAAGACACACAUUUUCAAUAUUUAUUGGAGAAACAGGUUUAAGAACCAGACCAUUUAGCAUGAAACUAUCAAAGCCUAAAAGGAUGCUGAUAUAUUUAUAUCAUUAUCCUGCAAAAUGCUACAAAACAUGAAAAUGCCACAAAUCUAUUUCAGUGUUAAAUAACUGCAGUCUUGCAUUUUGUUUGAGUGAACCAAAAAAAAAAAAAAAAAAAAAAAAAAAAAAACAAUGGAGGUUUUUUUGGUUUGGAAAAAGCAUUCUCAUUCUGUUGUUUGGAACUAAUCUAAACCCAAUUAUUUUUUUUUAUUUAAAUGCAUAUGGAAUGCUAUGUUCCAGUUUUAAAUAUUGCUUUAUAUGUUCAAGCUUUCACUCCAUCAUUAAGAUAAGAAUGAAAAAGAGUAAAUAUUUUCUAGCCCUGUUCUCAUUUGGUAAAAUUGCGAAAAAGCAAAUUAUGUCCUUAUAAUCAAAAUUCAAUGAGUGUGCACUUUAGUCUUGCUAUGAAGCAAAGCCCAUAGAAUGCAAAUCAGUUACAUAUUAUUAUGUCAUAUGACUCAUACCAGUGAAAUGCAUGCUUGGGAGGGUAUUUAGUGCUGAAUUUACUACUGACACAGUGGUAGAAAACUGCCAAUCUACAAGCAAUCAGUUAUGCCUUUGUUACAAAAUCAACAAACAGCAGCAGUUUAAGUAACCAAGGCAGUUCCAAAGUUGUUAGAAAUUAUAUACAUUCCAAUGCCAAAGCAAGUACCUAGUAUGGUUGCAGGCUCAACUUCAGCCUGCCUACUUCAGUACUUUUCCAUUGAACAAGCCAGGUCACCUAGCACUGAAUAGCUGCCACUCUAGUUAUAGCAUGCACUAUGUAACAUUAAUUAUAUCACAGCAACAACAGAAAAACUAAAGGUGCCCAAAACGUACUGCAAUGCAGAUGAAGAAGCCAUAGUCGUAGCCAUGCUUUAAAGCAUUCUAUAUAUAUAGAUAUAUAGAUAUAUAGAUAUAUAUAAUAUGUGUGCGUGCGUGUGUGUGUAUGUGUGUAUGCGCACGUGUGCGCAUUUUGUAGAUAACAGCACUUCACAGAUGUCCUCAUGGAGAAAAGCCAAAACAUGAAUUAUUUUAUGUAUUAAUAAUGCAUUGCAAGAUUUAAUUUGUCCUUUUGAAUGAGGGCGAAAAAAAAGAGUAAAAGUCGGCUCUAAAAGCAGCUGAAGAAAAUAUUCUGCUCUUAGAGCAACCUCUUGUGUAUGCUAGAUGCUUGCUUCAGGGGAGACUUUCAACGUUUUCAGUGUUAUUAUAUAGUAAAUGGCACUAUGAUAAAGCUACUAGUCAUUCCAUAUGAGUCGUAACAGACUGCUCUGUGUAUCACUGUGACUGCCCUGUGUGCUUAGAAAUGUAGACUUCUCAGUGGAUAGCAAUCAGUUUUUUCUGUUGUGAUAAUUGUAAAAAUACUGCCAUUCCCUUUUACUGCACUUCUGAGAGUGUG